UCAUCCAGCCGCCCGCCUCUCAAAUGAACUCCCCCCUUUCUUUCUCUCUCCCUGUCGAAAACAAUAAAAUUAAAAACCUUCUUUCUUUCUCUUUUUCUCUCUUUCCGCUCAUUAUUUCCAACUCCUUUUCUGCAAUUACUCUGAAGUUUCUAACUUUCGAUGGCUUCGUUGUUAUCCGACCUCGAACCUGGCCCUGACACCUCACCAGAGUUUAAAAGGAAGAAACGGAGGAUAACGAACGAAACGCCAGCAUCUUUUCAUCGAAACCAAGUCAACCAAAGAAUCAAGCGAUGGAGAACCGAAAGAGAGCAACAGGUCUACUCCUCCAAGCUCAUCGAAGCUCUUCGUCGUUCUCGUCGGACAUCCUCUUCUGCUGCCCCCAAUGAAGUUCGAGAAACGGCGGACAGAGUUCUGGCCGUCUCCGCCAAGGGAACCACGCGUUGGAGCACAGCAAUUCUCACCAGUCGACUCAGUUCUGGCGCUAAGAUGAGGGAACAUAGGAAAGCGAAGGUCAUCGCAAAUACAAGGUUGAAGAAGCCGAAGAUUAACAGAGAGAAGAGGAAACUGCCGGUUUUUGAAAGGAAGUUGAAAGUUUUGGGAAGGCUUGUUCCCGGUUGCCGGAAACUAUCUUUCUCGAACAUUCUAGAAGAAACUAGCGAUUACAUAGCGGCUUUACAGAUGCAAGUUCGGGUCAUGACGGCUAUUACCGAGUUUCUCGCCGACGGCGUUGGCGGUGGAUCGCAGCCGCCUGCUGAUCGGCUUGGCUCUAAUGUCAACCCGUAAGAAAUCGUGAAAAGGUGUUGUUAUUAUUUAUUAUUAGUAUAUUUUUCGAAAACUUUAAUUUUUAGUGAGAUUUUUAAAUUCGUGUAUUUUCUUGUAUACACGAGUUUUUCUUUUUUUUUAUUAGUAAAUUUUCUUUUGCUUUUUUUUUUUGGUUUUGUUAAGCAUCAAUUAAUUAAUUAAUCAAUUAAUAAAACGUAAAAUGCCAUUGGCAGCUAGUCUUUGAUUCCAUGAUACAAAAGUUCUGAUUUUGGUAUAAUAAUAAUAAUAAUAAUCCGCCAUUUGUUAUUAGCAUUUGCCAAAAAAAUUGAAUAAUCGAAGAAUUUAGAUACCAAUUAAUGGAUUUUUUUUUUUUUAGAAUGAAUGUUGAAGUAAAUUUGUAGUUAAAACAAGGGUGGAAGGGUAAUGCAAAGAAUUGUUGUCAUUUUUUUUUAUAAGUGUUUAUUAAAUGU